AUGCCUACAGCACAACAAUAUAAAGUCUCCCCUUCACUUGAAGAGGCAGACGAGAGGGCACUGGCAAAUGUACCAAUAAGUGACCCAGAGGCCAUUCUCGUCCUCAUCUCUUCUUGGAGGUCUUCUAAGGGAACUCCAGGAACCCCAGAUUUUAUCAUGGCAUCUUUUAGCCCACUUGUUGCUAUUCUUAAUCAAAACAAACUAACUGGAAAAGAAACUUGGACAUUUUUCUCACUGCUGAAGAGCACAAAUGCUCCUCUUGAGGAAAAACAACAAUAUGAUCAUUGGCAGAAAUCUAAUGAGAUGGCCAAGUGCUAUAUCCUAGCAUCUAUCUCAAAUGUUCUACUGCAUCAAAUGCAGGAUGUAGAACUAGCUUCGGACAUAAUGUUAAGUCUGAAGGAGAUGUUUGGUGAGCAAGGCUGUUUCGCAAGGCAAGAAACUAUGAGGCAAAUUUAUAAUACCAAAAUGACUGAAGGCACUUUAGUGAGGGAGCAUUUUCUUAGGGUAAUCUCUCAUCUAAAUACACUAGAGGUUUUAGGUGUCGAUAUCGAUGAAGAAUCCCAAGCAUAUAUGAUACUCCAGCCACUACCAGAAUCAUUCAAGGAAUUCAAACUUAAUUAUAACAUGAGCAAAAAGAUUUAUACAUUGUCUGAAUUAAUGAAUGAAUUGGUGGCAGCAGAAGGCAUUCUUGGUAUAUCCAGUGAUGAUGCUAAUAUAGCUAAAGCUUCUAGUUCUCAACCUAAGUCAAAAGGCAAGAGUAAAAAGAAGAAGAAGAAAGACUUCACCAAGCAGGAUGGGGUUCCAGGAGACCAGAAAGCUGAGUGA